UCAUUAAUGAUUAUAUACAUUGUUAUUCCCGAUUGCUGUUAAAAUUUUGAGAGUAUUGUUUUCUAGUUCUUUGAUAUGUAAAUUUGCGUGCGUUUCUUAUAGGAGUUGAAACAUGAUUAUUUAGAUUUAUAUAUUGUGAUAUUUCCGUCCAUUUUGUGUUACGUGAAAAUGCAUACAGAUGGUAAUAAGAAAAUUGUAUCUAUAAGUUUCGUACUAAUAAUUCUUAUCAUUAUGGUAAUAAUCAUUCCAUUUGUAUUAAUAUAUGAAGACGAAGAAAAUAUUAAUACGUCAUCUUUAUAUUUAAAUCAAUACAAUAAUACAAUAGAUACUAUAGAAUCAUUUACAAUCCAUGAUGACAUCGAAAAACAUAGUGCAUUUUUAUCUAUAAAUUCAGAUAAAAAUAAUAUCACAAUAAGAUCACUUCAAAUCUAUCAAAACUUUACCUAUAAUGAUGACAACAAUGACACUUUAUGUCAAAAUAAAUACGAAUGUAGUAUUGCUUGUAUUGGAGGAAAUAUACCAGAUGUUGUAAGGUCAAUCAAAAAUAUCACAAUGGAGAAAGAUAGUAACUGUACAGGAUCUUACAAACUUAGACUAUUCAAAACACAGUUUGUUAACAACACUAUCACAAAGGGAUGGUUAAGCUCACUGAAGAAUAUCUCCAUUGAAUUGCUUACUAUAGCAAAAACAGACCUGAAAGAAUUGGGGUCUGCCUCAUUUUCAGGGAUUCCAUUUAAUAAAUCUUUGUUAAAUUUAAGUUUAGUUGAAACCAAGAUAUGCCAUCUUAAUAAGCAGUCUUUUGAUGGAAGCUUAUUAUCAUCUUUUGCUUUCGAAUUUUCUGCUUUGGGGCAAAGUGUUGAUGUUGAAGAAGAUUUACUUAACGAUACUGCACAGUACAUUGAGUACAUUUCAUUUAAUUAUGCACUAAAUAAUGUAGAAUCUCUAAAAAACCUUUCUGGAAAAGCUUCAAGUUUUAGUAAGCUUCAAGCAUUAAAUUUAAGCUACAAUAGCUUGACUAUGAUUCCAAAUACUCUAUUUCUAAACAGUCCAAAUCUUAUAUCAUUAAAUUUAUCAUACUGUGGAAUUCAAGAAAUAAAUGAUAAUACUUUCAAUAAUCUGAGAAAACUUCAGUUACUUGAUAUAAGCAACAAUGAUUUGGAAACUCUGAAGGAAAGUUUAUUUUUUACGUUGAAUAAUUUGCUUACACUAAAUAUUGAAAAUAAUUCUCUCAAAUGCGAUUGUGAUUUAGAAUGGAUCAAAAACUUCUUGAACAACCAGAAAAGUCAAAAUUUACCAAAGUGUAGAUAUAAUUCUACGUGGAAGGGUAUAAAUGAGUUUGAAUUUUGUCCUGAAAGUAUUUUUAGUACGUAUAGUGAUGAGUUAGUACCAACUUUACCAUCUACAGAAGGAAAAAACAGUACCGAGUACAUAUUUUUAACAAUUCAAUGCAAAAAUUUGAAGGACUGUUCAUCUGACGAUGAGAUGGUGACAAAAAACUCAAUUAAAGAAGCUGUUUUCAAGAAAAGGAACAUAAAUUACGUAAUUUCAGAGACGGAAAAUGGGUCUUCGUAUAUUAUCCGUCUAAAAGGUGAUCUACAAAGUACUGACUAUCUUAUCUGGACCAACACAAAUGACGAGAAUGAUUAUGGAUGCGUCUACGAACUUGAUGACGAUGAUAUUACCAUGAACUUAGCUUUUGACACUACCUACACUAUUUGUAUAGCUUCUAAUGAUAGUACCGAUUCAUUUUCUGUUAUUGUAGAAGACUGUAGUGCACUAAAAACUCUACCUCCGUGGUCUGAAAGAACAUUGCUCUAUAAAAAUCAGGAGUUAGUUUUAAUAUCAAGCAUUAUUUUUUCGUUUAUAUUUACCAUCAUACUGACAGUUGUAGUAACGUAUUUUAUUAUUAAAAAUAAGCCUCAGUUAAUAAGAAGUAAGAAAAGAGUUGUUGAAAUUGGUAAAGAGGGUCAUAGUGACGUUUCGGGAAUAUAUAGUCUAAAUACUUGCACUGAUUUGCCUGAUAGGAAACCUAGUGCUCUGUCAUUAUCUACUACCUUGGAAGGAUAUCUUACGCCUAAAAUGUGUACAGGAAAAAUACUGCAUGCGGUGUAUGAAGGAAUGGAUUAUGUGAGGACUGCAGUGGAGAAUAAAUAUAAUGAUGUGUAUGAAGCUCCUCCUUUACCACCAAAUCAUCCAUCAGAAAGAAAAAAAUGAAUUUAAUGCUAAAAAAAUCCAUAAUUUUAGGUGUAUUCCACUGUAAACCACUGUAAAUUAAAUAAAAAAGUUUA